AUGCACUUCUCCCACAGACUUGGCAUCCUCCACGGCGUGGUUGAGACUCGCCCGGCCUGCACGCUACAACAUCCCGUACCUCCGAUUCUCAAAGGUUUCUACCAGCGUAAGCUCCUGACAGGCACAUUCCAUCUAGGAGAGACAUCUGACCAUCCACUGUAUGCUGUCAGCGUCCAGUCAGGAUGGGGUGGCAGCCCGCCUGGCGUUACUCUCUACAGUGGCCCAACAAAUAAACACCCAGUCCUGGCCAAAGCUGCCGAUGAGACUGGAUUGACGCACAACGUUCUUAAUAGUGUCAUCAAAAUGCCUCCACUCCCUGGAACCCAUCAAGCCACCGUGGAAAAUUUGCGCGCAGCAGUCGACCGCGAGACCGCCACCUUUCAAUUUUCUGUCGAUGUUGGAUAUGCCCAUGAUCUAAAGCGUGAAUUUUUUGAAUGGCGUAAGAUCGAAACCAGCCAUGAGGAGGGCAUCCUUCCUCCACUAUUCAAAUCUGGCUUCAAACUCGUUCGUAUGGGUAGCGGCGGCGUCUUCCGGGAACCAGAAGUGGUUGCAACAAUCGCAUUCCACGAUGGCAGGACCAUGACCCUGCCCUUUAUUUUACAAUUUUACUCAUCCCUCGGAGAUCGGUGGGCUAUCAUGGUGAUUGUCACUGGGUUGAAAAUAUGGGCACUCAACAUACAGGGGAAGGCAACAGCUUCGUAUAUUUCUGCACAGGGAGACGGGUGGGUGACCGGUACCAGUGGUUAG